CAUAAAUAACUCUGAUUUUCCUUGCUGUCCAGCUCUGACCUUCCCAUCACACUUCAGUCCCUUAGAGACUGCCUUUGGGAAUGAAGGGCAACCAAUCAUGGAUCGCAGAAUUCAUCCUGGUGGGAUUUCAGCUCAGUGAAGACAUGGAAUUGCUCCUCUUUGUUAUCUUCAUCCUGUUAUAUACCUUCAACCUGCUGGCAAAUGGCACGAUCUUGGGACUCAUCUCGCUUGACCCCAGACUGCACACCCCCAUGUACUACUUCCUGUCUCAUCUGGCCAUCACUGACGUAGCCUAUGCUUCCAGCAAUUUACCAAAUAUGCUGGAAAACCUAGUGAAACACAAGAAAACCAUCUCCUAUUUCUCAUGCACCAUGCAGAUGGUUUCCUAUUUGGCCUUUGCUUCUGUAGAGUGCCUGACUUUGGUGGUCAUGUCGUAUGACAGGUUUGUGGCGAUCUGCCUCCCACUGCAGUACACGGUCAUCAUGAACUGGAGGGUGUGCACGUUUCUGGCCAUCGCUUGCUGGGCAUGUGGAUUUUCCCUGGCCAUAGUCCAAGUAAGUCUGUUUCUACGGCUGCCCUUCUGUGGGCCCCAGAAGGUGAACCACUUUUUCUGCGAAAUUAGCUCUGUCCUCAAAGUGACCUGUGGUGACAUCUGGAUCAAUGAAAUGUUCCUCUUUGCUGAUGGUGUGUUUAUUUUAGUUGGGCCCCUUUCCCUGAUGCUGGUCUCCUACGUGCGCAUCCUCUGGGCAAUCCUGAAGAACCAGUCAAAGGAGGGCCGCAAGAAAGCCUUCUCCACCUGUUCCUCCCACCUCUGUGUGGUUGGGUUCUACUUUGGCAUAGCCAUGAUGGUGUACUUGGCCCCUGACAGUAGCCACCAAGAGGAACAGAAGAAAAUCCUUUUCCUGUUUUACACCUUCUUCAACCCAUUACUGAAUCCCCUUGUCUACAGUGUACGGAAUGCUCAAGUAAAGGCUGCCUUCCACAAAGUACUGCAGAAAAAUAGAUCAGUGUGACACAGGGCAGAAUUAUGGUGCAGUGAAUUUUUUUUCUAACAGUCAAGAAAGUUUCCCAUCAAAAUACAUGACUUAAGGAUGAAGCUUCUACAAAGUAACAUCAGCAAGAAGGCACAAAAGAAACCCCCAACUCCCUUCCUCCAUGGAGAUGACAUAAUAAAGAUCUAAUUGCCUUCAUUGAACACCAGACAUCACACAGGAGUUUGGAGCACCCCAAACUAUCCCAAAGUCAAGAAGAUACGCAGUGAAGCUUUUAGGCAAACUUACGCAUUUGACCUUCCAUAACUGCUUUUCUUCUCUGUCCCAGGGUAGCAGGAUCAGGAGAAAAUUCCCACUCCCAGCCCUUCCUCAAGAGGGAAAGAGAAGAAUGGACCAUGCAGACCACUUUAGCUUUUCAGGGAAUAGCGUGAGGGUUUGUUAGUUAUCUUGCCUCUGGCUCAGAGCACUGAUGUGAAUGGCAGUUUGGAUUCCUUGUUGGGACCACCGAGAAACAUAGCAAGCACCCAGCUUUUUAUGGAUAUACUGAGAUAUUUUGAAUUUUCACUGUUCUGACCUAUCUGCACUGGUAUUUUAUUCUUGUGUUAACAUGAAAUUUCCUGUUGACAUUUGAUGUU